GAUCGGACGCCGCCGUGGGCUCCCGCCCGCCACCGUGGGGACGACGAUGGCAGACGACCAGAACUGUGCUCCAGAGCUGGAGAAAGCGGAUCCUUCCGGUGAAGACGGGGUCGAUGCUAAGCCCGACCGCUCCUCCAUUAUCUCAUCGAUUCUCGGGAAGAAGAAGAAAAAUGCCUCUGCGUGCCCCGUCAAGACUGCCCGGGACCGAGUGCCCACCUACCUGUAUAGAAUGGAUUUCGAGAAGAUGGGGAAAUGCAUCAUUAUAAACAACAAAAACUUCGACAAAGUGACAGGUAUGGACGUCCGGAACGGGACAGACAAAGACGCAGAGGCCCUCUUCAAGUGCUUCCGCAGUCUGGGCUUUGACGUGGUUGUCUACAAUGACUGCUCUUGUGCGAAGAUGCAAGACCUGCUUAGAAAAGCCUCGGAGGAGGACCACAGCAACUCAGCCUGCUUCGCCUGCGUCCUGCUGAGCCACGGAGAAGAGAAUCUAAUUUACGGGAAAGAUGGCGUGACGCCGAUAAAGGACCUGACGGCUCAUUUUAGGGGAGAUCGGUGCAAAACCCUGUUAGAGAAACCCAAACUCUUCUUCAUCCAGGCAUGCCGAGGCACGGAGCUCGAUGACGGGGUCCAGGCCGACUCUGGGCCUAUCAACGAAACUGACGCCAACCCCCGGUACAAGAUCCCGGUGGAAGCCGACUUCCUCUUCGCUUACUCCACAGUUCCAGGCUAUUACUCAUGGAGGAACCCGGGAAAAGGCUCCUGGUUUGUGCAGGCCCUCUGUUCCAUCCUGGAUGAGCAUGGCAAAGACCUGGAGAUCAUGCAGAUCCUGACCAGAGUGAACGACAGGGUAGCCAGGCACUUCGAGUCCCAGUGUGACGACCCCUGCUUCAACGAGAAGAAGCAGAUCCCGUGUAUGGUUUCCAUGCUCACCAAAGAGCUCUACUUCGGCCGUUGACCAUCCUUCCCUUCCAGCCGAGAGCCCGCAGUCACUCAUCCAUGAGUCCAAUUGUUAGUCUGCUUUUAUUGUUUUGAUGCUCUCAAAGUACCCGGAAAUGUUAAAGAGAUUUAAUUUCAGGAAAGUAUAUUGAUUCAGCAGGGAGGAAGUUUUCUGGCAAUGUCUGAUAUUCUGGAUUUCUAGAUUUUUUUUUUAAUUAUUUUGUUUAUUGGAUGACUUUGUACUUUCCUUUUAAGGUUAAUUUCCUGUUCACAGUUCUUUUACCUGGUCAUCACAUUGAGUGCGUGCUAUGGACAUGACCUCUGGAGAAGACUUAAUUGGUGUUGGCAUCAAUGGAAAGUCAAAAACCUUAGUUUAACUUGGCAAAGAGGAUUCCAGUUCUUAACAAACAAAUAUAGUUGAGAUACUCGUUGCCUCUCCUGGAAAAGGUGGCUGUUUUGUAGAGUGGUUGUUUUCAUUGGCUUAGGACAGAUUCUUAUGCAGACCUCCCCCCGGGAAGUGAGAAAACAGUUAAUAUUUUAGUAUGCAGGGCCCAGUCCAGAAAACAAGCCGUUCUAGGUGUUUCCAUGGAGAAGCGUCAAUACAGGGAAUUCUCUUAAGUGGGGAAUUAAGAAAAAGAGCCAACAGUGGAAAUCUCUUACCUCAGGUGUGACUGGGAGGUUGUAAGAGGAGGCCGGUUCCCUGGUCAUCAGUGAGAACCGUGGCAGCGCUGCCUCCUAGGAGCUAGGACCAUAGAGGGUUGUGGUAAAUGGAGCCAUGCCAAGGACAAAGCUACUUCUGUCUGAGAUAGAAAUCGAGCCGGGGCUGAGUCAGAUACCAAGGCCUCCCCAGGCCUCCCCAGGUUUGUCCUCAUAGCCUCACCAGCACCUCAGAGUUCCAAGGUACCUGAAAGCAGCUGGUGAGGGCCCUGGGGAUGGAGAUUCCCUGGGUUGCAGAGCAGAGCAAGAGCUGUCGGGGGGGGGGGGGGGG